ACCAGGCAAUGCUUUGUCAAUAGAAACCGCUAGUGAGUAACCUGCUCCGGUCUCUCCCACAAUCCCACUUAUUUUUAUCUUGAUUUUUGAAAUCAUAUAUAAAAUUUGACAAAAUCCGACUUGAAAUUUUACCUUCCAAGUGGUUGGAAAAAAGAAAAUCCGGGGCUUUCAUUUUGAAUGUUUAACAUCAUUUUUUAAUUCUUUUUGAAAGAAGUUGCGGCAAAAAAACAAACAAAAACAAAACACAAAUUUUUGAAAUUGAGGUUUUUCUUCCCUAUUGGUUAGAAUUCAAAGUGUUUGAUUGGCAGGAAUGGAGGAUCAUGGGAAAGCGAGGGAGACGCCAUGGAAAUCGGAAGCGGCGUCGGAAAAGAACGGGACCAGCUAUUUCCACCAGUUGCUGAACAGGCGCAUAGUGAUGAGCGCCAGAGAGGAUGUGAAAUGUCUCCUGCAUCGCUUGAUCUUUGUCUCCAAACUGUCUGCAGAUCUGGCCGACAAGAGGGGCCUUGGAGAUUACUGGGAAGGCCAAUUCCAGCGUUACAGCCAAGGGGAAGCUGUCACUGGCCUCCUCUUACUCUAUCCUUCAUAUACGAUACAUGUGCUAGAGUCCAGCAGUGAGGUCCUGUACUGUGUGCUGCACGAACUGGCACGGAUGAAGAAACAAGGAGGCAGGGCUCUGGUGUUGGACCCCAAGAUCCUGGUGAUGUCUCACAACAUUCCCAACCGGCUGUUCAACCAGUGGUGCUACAAAGUACUGAACGUUCCGGGUCAGCACCUGGCUGACAAGUACAACGAGUCCUCCACGGACGGUAUUGUCACUGAGUGUCUGACCAAACUCCUACAGAUCGGGAAGCACCUGACUAAGUACCCCAAGGGCUCAAAGAACAUUCCAGACUCAGUGUUUGAGAAGGUGCCAGAGUUAAUCAUCCCCCAAGGUUCCAUCCACCACCUCUUGAACUGCAAAGAGCUCCCCACUCCUGACCAAUUCCUGCAGUCCUACGACUCCCCUCUUAAUGUUCUCUUAGAUUCUGACCGCGUGUGGCCGACCCCGGUGCACCUAACGCCAAUUAAGACGAUCACUGCCACGUAAUGAUGUUGUGAUGAGUAGGGUCCUACUCGCCAUAUCCCCUGCCUGCCAAUGGCUUCCAUUUCCUUUCUACUCUCCAACGCCCCCUUCAGACCACCACUGAAUUCGAUAUGAACACUGAAGGACCAAUGCCCAAGAGAUCAUCUUUGACAAAGUUUGGACCUUACUAAAGGGGCAGUAAACAUGGCCGUCAGUCACUGACUGCAGCGAAGUAACAGGGGCAGCGUUAACUUGGGACGGACUCCCCCAGGGUAGAAAUGCGCUGCCUCGGUGUCACGUUUAUUUGCUUCCCACCUUUAUUUCAUGCUGUCGAAAACAUUCAAACAUAGCGAAAAAAUCAUGUAUUAAAUUAAAACUUGUUUGUAAACUCUAAAGGGGUUAUAA